AUGGACUCCCUGCGCGAGCGCGUGCGGCGCUUCUACGCGCGCUGGAAUCCCGAGAACAUCGGCAACGUCGACAACAUCGUCGCGUCCUUCGGCGACCGCGAGGAGGUGCUCUGGGAGCAGCUGGCGAGGAAGUACGGCCCCGACGCCGUGCGCCUGUCGGCCCAGGAGCAGGUCGCGGCCGCCGUCGCCGCGCCCCCGCCGCCGCCGCCCGCGCCGUCGCGGCGCGGCGGCUUCUCGAACUUCUCGUCCGCGCCGCCCGGCGGCGUCCCGCCCGCGGCGCCGCGGGGCUUCGCCGCGGCGCCGGCGGCCCGCGGCGGCUUCCGCGCGCCGCCCCGCGCGGCCUUCCGCGCGGCGCCCGCGGCGCCGCCGGCGCCGCCGCUGCCGCCGCUCGCGCUCCACAACGGCGUCCUGUCCGAGCUCGCGGCGACGGCGAGCCUCCCCCGGACGCCGAGCGACCACGGCAGCGCCUUCGACGGCGUCGAGGCGGGCCGCGAGGCGCGCGCGUCGAGCCGGACCCACGAGGCCUGCUGCGCGCGCCGCGCGCUCGUCGGGCUCAGCGCCGGCGGCAAGGACCACCUCAACGUCCACGGGGGCCUCUUCUCGGUGCUGAACGCGUGCGGCCCCCUCUUCCAGCUCCACGCCUCGCCGGGCGUGCGCAAGGCCGAGGACACCUUCGUGCUCGUCGACCGCCAGCUCCUGGGCCACCUGCGGUCCACGCUCCUGCUAGCGGACGCGCCGCGGCGGCCGCCGCCGCAGACGCAGCGGUGCUCCGCGGCGCUCCGCGCGACGCCCUUCUGGCAGCGCGCCGUUCAGCGCGCCGACGGGCUGCUCCAGGCCGCCUGCCACGUCGAGGACGACGCCCUCAAGCGCGCCGCGGCCCUCGCGCGGACCGACAGCUUCGCGGCGAUCCGCGCCGUCGACGCGCGCCUCGCCGCGCGGCCCGAGGGCGACCGGCCCGGCGCGCCGCCGCGGCCGGACCCCUACCGGAACCCGAAGACGGCCGCGGCGCUCUACAACGCGGUCCAAGCGCUGGGCCCGGAGUCCGUCGGCGACGCGGACCGCGGCAAGCUCGGCGACGGCGACCGCGACGACGCGCUCCGCGUGCUCGGCCGCGUCAUCCGCGCCGCGAAGCGCCUCGACGCCGCGACGUCGAAGCAGAAGGCGAGGCUCGGCGCGUGGCUCGCGUCCGUGGACCGGCAGCUCGCGACGCCGCGCGCGGCCCGCGUCCAGGCGCAUCCGAAACGCGCGUCUCCAUCGUUGACGAUCGAGAGCACGGCCGCAGCAGCGUGCAGCGCGCCGCCGGCGAACGUGCGCCACGCGGAAAAGCGCCGGUCCGCGUCGACGUGCGCGCUCGCGGACAACGUCGCGCGAUCGGCGCUGGCGGAGUGGCGCGCGCUCGACGCCUCGAAGCUGCCCGGCCAGACCUGCGUCGCGGCGAUCGUCGCGGCCGUCGGGCCCCGGUGCGCCUGCCUGGCGCUGGGCGCGGGCACGAAGGUCGCGCGGCGGAGCGCCGUCGCCGACGACGCCCGCGGCGAGGUCCUGCGGGAUUGCCACGCGGAGGUCCUGGCCGUGCGCGCGUUCCGCCGCUACGUCGCCGCCGCGCUCGGCCGCGGCGGCGGCGACUUCUUCGAGCGGCGCAGCGACGGGAGUUUUGUGUUACGCGCGGGCGUCGCGUUCUACCUCUACUGCAGCAGCGCGCCCUGCGGCAACAGCACGAUCCGGAAAUGGGCGAAGACGAAGCGCGAGGUCUUCCGGGAAGAGCUGGGCGACGGCCCGCCGCUCGAACCCCACGCGCCCUUCCAUGUGAUGGCGCCGGGCCAGGUGGCGCUCCUCGGCAAGCGGCGGCCCGACGACGCGCGGCCGGAAGGCGGCGACGCGCCGGGCGGAUGCUGCGCGGUCGACGGCGACGUCCUGCGGCCCCACUGCUGCAGCGACAAGGUCGCGCGCUGGGCCGCCCUGGGCCUCGAGGGCGCCCUGCUGUCGCGCUUCGUGCGGAUCCCGCUCGGCGGCGUGGUCGUGGGCCGCAAGUUCUCCUUCGAGCACGCGCGGCGCGCGUUCUGCUGCCGCGUGCCGUUCCUCGAGAGGCACCCGGCGCUCAUGGGCACGGCGAUCCCCUGCGACGAGGGCGUGUACCUGGGCGGCGUCGGCGCGGAUUUCCUGGGGCGGGGCUGCGUGGCGUGGACGUCGGGCGAGGCGCCCGAGGACCUCGACGGCGCCGCGGGCGUCGCCGCCGACGGCGCGCCCUCCGCGCUCUGCCGCCGCGCGGCCCGGGGCCGCUACGUCGCGCUCUGCGGCGCCCUGGGCGCCGCCGUCGACGCGGCGGCGCCCUACGAGGCGCUCAAGCGCGCCGCGGACGACGGGGAGCGGCGCGCGGCGUUCGCCGCGCUCUGCGCCGGGCCGCGCGCGCCGUUCCGCGACUGGCUGUCGAGCCGGGGCCUAGAUUAA